AUGGACAUCUUCAACUGUGCCAGAUGUAACGAAACAGUCGCAAAACAGGAGACUCAAUAUCAUCUUGAAGUGUGCAGUCACUCGCUUUUCAAAUGCACCAGCUGCAAACAACAAAUCGCUUUUCGUGAAAUCAGAGCUCACAUGUGCCACAUUCCAACAGUUGUCAUUACAAUCAAUGAAGAGGGAGGUGAGCAGGUCGAGAUGGGGCACAUGUCCUCCCGAGCUCCGAGACCAGCAGAGCAAGAGAUCAGGAACAGGAGACCACAAUUGGAAAGAGGGAAUAGUCAAGGGCGAGAUGAGGCAACGAUUGAAGAAGAACAAGCGAGGCGAGAAGAAGUGAGGCAAGAAGAAGCGAGGCAAGAAGAAGCGAGGCAAGAAGAAGCGAGGCGAGAAGAAGCGAGAAGAGAGGGAGAAGCGAGGAGAGAAGCAUCGAGAAAGGAACAAGAGAGACAAGAAAAAGAACGACUGGCGAAGGCGAGAGAUUUCAAUUUCAAUGACUUCACGCCGUCUUUCUUGACCGUUAUUAUGCUUUGGGGAACUGGAUGCGUUUCACAAGCCAAGGACACCAUGACCUCGGAGCAAGGCAAAUACUACAUGGAGUGGCUGACUAUCGUCUGGGCGAUUCUCGUCUGCUUCUCAGUUUCCGUACCUCGAUGCUUCUUUUCGCCGAAUCCCCGAUCUACUUCUCGAUGGGGGCGCCGAAUGUCUUCUCUGCUCAAUCAAUCUUCCCGUCUUUCGUUUGUGACGACUCUCGCUGGAAUCAUUGUUUCCCCUCUUCCUUCAAUGCUGAAAGUAACGAGAAUGGAUGGUCUGUUGGCAAAGUUGGAGUACGGUGGAUGGUUUCCGUUCGGUGUCUAUAUUCUCUUCUUCUUUGUGAUCUUCUACGAGCUUAACAAACGAGACAAAGAAUACGUCAACGCGUCAUCAAGUUCACAAGUUACACCAGCGCCACAAAGCGAGCCCUGA